AUUUUCUUUUCGUGGAGGCUGGGCUCGAGUCGUCUGCGCUGUGGUCGUCAUGGACCGGAAGCGUGUGCGGGCGCGCCUGCCUCGAGGCCAGCAUCAGGGAAGUGUGUCCCAGGUGAAGGCGAAGCUUCCUUCACGUGUUCUUGGAGGACUUUCCGCUCGCAAGCGCUUCUCCAUUCUCCUAACGUCUCGGGCCUGUGUGGAAAGAAGAAACCUGGUGGCCUUGGCCUGGGAAUAUGGCGGUUCCAAGCACAAUGCUGUACUGAAAUGGUACCAGAAGACAGAAGGUUACGCGGUAAGGGGCAACAUUAGCCAACUUCCACCAGCCCAGGGCAGUAGUAGUCCUGUGCCAGUACAUGUUCCAUGUGUGCCUGUGCUUAGUGGGCCAGUAUGCAUGUAAUUAUCAUCUUUCUAUUCCCCCAAACCGAGAGGCAAAUGCAACGGGAAGCCAGUCUGCACUCCACCCACCAAACAUAUGGCUGCAUGCAGAGCUGCAUCUCCCUAGGGAAGUGGGACUUUUUCCUUUCCUCAAAGUAUUACCGACCACGGGUUCUUAGGCUUUUGAUGCAAUAGAAAUUCUCACCAGGCUAAAAGAGUUUUUCCAGCAAGGUUUUAUUAGAGCAUAUGCCCAGGCACAAGGGAGGAAGCACAGGAGAGGGAGGAUUCUCUGGCUGACUCCCUGAAAUGAGCUGGUAGGGAUUUUUUUUUUAUUAGGCAAUGUGCGGAAAUUGAUGUCAAGGUAGGGAAUGCUGGCUGGGUAGGGUAGAGAACGUGAGGGGGAAGGGAUGUGGGUCAGCUUAUCUGCUGGUGAUGGUUGUCUUGAGUAAUGGGCCACCUGGUGUUCUGGUUGGUGGCAGCAAGGCUGUAUGAAUCAGUUGUUUAGCAUUCCUUCCUGAGGUGGGAUACUUGCAACCUUGGUUGGAUAUUUUGGAUCUCCUAAGGCCAGUUCCUGUAAUCCUUUAAGUAAAAGGCAAGGUUAAACAUUAUGAGAGCACCAAAGAACAAUAUAGAAUGGCUGUUUUCUUUGCGUGACUGUUAGUGGGUAUGGCGUCAGUGAGGUAGUGGUGUGGGUUUUGUGAUCAGUGGGAAUGUGUGGAAGAAUGCUGUAGUGGGGCCUCCACCCAAGGAGACAGCUUUUGCUAAAUUACACUCCCAAAGAAGAGUGCUUUGCUUAAUUCAUAUAAAGGCCCUAUAUAAAUGGACCUCCAAAACUUCUCCAAAUAUUUUCUUUCUAUUGCUUUCAGAGUUGUUUGCAUUUAGUUUAAGAGUUUUUGUUUACUAGGACAGUAUCUGUUUUCUGUUCAGAAAAGGAAUUAAUACCUGGUAUAAGUUUAGUUUUUUUGUGCAUGUA